ACGAGUGCUGUAAAAAGGAAGCUGCGAGGGGGGCGAGUGUGUCGCUGACACGAGUGACGCGACGCGACGUGACGCGGCGUGACGUGACGUCGGGGCGUCGAGAUGCCUCGAGAUGAGAUGGCCACCCCCGUUGGAACCCUCGCGUCACUUCUCACGCUUCUGCUGUGUGCUUCCAGUAGCUGCCAUGCCAGGAUAACCAAUCAGGAAAUCGUGACAAUGACAGAUGCGGAAGCAGUGGCAAGCGGAACUGCGCAGUUACCCUGCGACGUGAAACCGCCGCUCUCCGGGGACAAGCUGCACCUGGUUAUUUGGUACAAGGAGGAGGCGGAUACGCCGAUAUACAGCUUCGACACGAGGGGAAAGGAAACCCUGGAUCAAGGCAGCCACUGGCAGGAUCAUACCUUGGAGCAUCGCGCAUUUUUCACGUAUUCCGAGAGCCCCGCGAAACUCACCCUGGAAAACGUUCGUGAGAGCGACGCGGCUGUUUACAGAUGCAGAGUCGACUUCAAGCAGUCGCCGACGCGCAACAGCAAAGUCAAUCUAACGGUCAUCAUACCGCCGGAGCAGCUUAGCAUAUUGGACGAAGACGGAGGGUCUCAUAUUCCCCAUUAUAUCCUUGGCCCGUACACCGAGGGAGCGUCUUUCAAUAUCACGUGUGUCGCCGCCGGUGGACGACCGCAACCACGAGUGACAUGGUGGCAGGAAAAUGCUCUGCUAGACGACAGCUACGAGGCUGUCGGUACUAAAAGGGUCCGCAAUGUGCUGCGAUUGGAAAAGUUAGGCCGCGAGCAUUUGCAUGCGGUUCUGACUUGCCAAGCCUCGAACAACAAUAUGGUAGCGCCGAUAUCGAGCUCGGUGUCGCUCGACAUGAACUUGAAACCACUCUGGGUCCGGAUUCAAGGAGAAAUCCGUCCAUUUAGCGCUGGCAAGACCUACGAGAUAGGUUGUGAGGUCGUCGGAGCCAGACCGGAGCCCAAGAUCGUAUGGUCCAAAGGGAACAUGAUACUGCGAAAUGCACGGCAGACGGCGACUUCCGACGGCAACAUAACAACCAGCAUCCUCACAUUCGUGCCGAAUAUCGAAGACGCCGGAAAGUUCCUGUACUGUCGCGCCAACGUGCCAGUUAUUCCGGACUCGGAGAUGGAGGAUGGAUGGAAGCUCAAUAUAUGCCACGAGCCUGUGGUUACCCUCGAGCUUGGCAGCAAUCUGAAUUCGAGCGCUAUUCGGGAGGGUAUCGACGUUUACUUCGAGUGCAACAUCAAGUCCAAUCCCUGGGUUUACAAGGUUUCCUGGCGCCAUAACGGCAAUCCGCUAUAUCACAACGCGGCGACCGGAACGAUAAUAAGUAAUCAGAGCCUGGUGCUGCAGAGCGUCACUCGCAGUAGAGCUGGGAUUUACACGUGCAUCGGCAAUAAUCAAGAGGGCGACGGCGAGAGCAAUCCGCUGAACUUGGACAUAAAGUUCGUGCCGGUAUGCCAACACGGCCAGACGAAGGUAUUCGGCGUGGCGCGGCAGGAGACCGCGAGCAUCCCCUGCGAGCUGGAGGCGAACCCGCCGGAAGUAUCGUUCACCUGGAAAUUCAAUAAUACAAUGGAGACAGUGGACAUACCUCAGGCACACGUCACGAGCGACCGUACACACUCGAUAGCCUCCUACACACCGAUGAACGAGCUGGACUAUGGCACUCUCCUUUGCUGGGGCAGCAAUGACCAGGGCACUCAGCUCGAGCCCUGCGUCUACCAUAUCGUGCCAGCUGGUCGGCCGGACCCGCCGCUCAACUGCUCCUUAUUGAACCAAACGACCGACUCGAUCUACGUGGAGUGCAUCGAAGGUUUCGACGGCGGGCUGCCGCAAAAGUUCACGAUGCAGGUGGACCGCGAAGCCGGCAAGAGCAGCGGCAGCUCCGCGGCCUCGGCCGCUGCCGCCACCUCCACGACCGUCUACAACCAGACGAGCAAGCUGCCGACCUUCUCCGUCAACAAUCUGGACCCCGGCAGCACCUACGAAGUUUCUAUUUACUCCACCAACGGCAAAGGUCGCAGCGACGCCGUGCACUUUCGCGCCACCACCCUGAAUCUCCCUGAGAGACGAACAGCAGGUGAAAUGCUGGCGCAACCACCCUCGCCGGAGAAUUGCACGAUCCGGGAGGAGAGCCGGACGACCGUGCGAGUGAGCUGCGCCGAGAGCGAAUACUUCGACGAAAACACCGCCACCUACGUACUGCAGGUCUUCGACGCCGACACCAGGCGGCUGUUGGCAUCCGCGACGAGUCUGACGCCGAGUAUGCUCGAGGUGACGAAUCUGCCGGCCGAGAGGAGCCAGUCCGGCCUGGUGCUGUCGCUCCGGAUCAUGACGGCGCAGGCGAUGAGCGACGCCACGGUCCUGCACAGCCUGCACUUUGCUCGGGAGGGUAAUACCCAGGAGCACCAGCGAUACCCAGCGCUAACGCCAGUUAUGUUGUCGCUGUCGGGUCCGCUGCUGGGCGCCGUGGUGGGAGCCGCAGCGGGUUUGCUCCUGGUGAUCUUCGUGAUCGUGAUGGCUGUCAAGCUGCGCUAUCGACCCCGAUCUCAGGAAGACAAGGACUCUCAUGACGACGGCGGCAUGGCGAACCUGGCGGCGUCGGGGACCGGCGCCUCGUCCCCGCGUGACAAAUCGGCGACCUUGCCCCUCAACGCCGAUAGCAUCGAGAGCUUUGAGAAGGAUCCCGAUAUAAUACCGCACGCAAAUGAAAAUUCAUACGCGGAGCUAUGCAAAGGAGCAUCACCGCGAUACGUGCUGCAGCAGCAACGCCCGGAUGCGAAUACCUUCACGGGCGCAAACAACCAGGGAUCCGAGCUAACGUACGCCGAGUUAACGCUCAGGGGAAACCGGCGGAUACCUCUAAAUUGCUACCAGCCCGUGCAAAUCUCCAGCAUCCAACGGCCCCAGCUGCUGCCCAUGUCGACUUUGACGCGCAGACAACCAAUCCAGGAGCCGACGAUUUACGCGCAAGUCGCCAGUCAUUCUAAACCGAUUUACGUGCCGCCACCGCACCCGUACAUGAAUCGUCCCAGCGACGAGAUCACGGCGGAGACGCCAUUGAUCGGACACGACAAUAAGAUCACUACGAUCAGCCAUUCGGGCAGCUCAAUCUGGCGCACCGACACGACGCCCUCCUCGAACGCGCCAACGACAUGAUUUCAGCAAGCUGCACCGUAAUCCACGAUUCCAUUUCACCCCCCGAACGUCUCUUAAUGUACAUCCCGCUCCUCCCCGCCUCCCAACCUGUUCCCUUCUCUUCCCGCCCACCGCCCUCUUCCCAUCCUUCUUCCUUCGAAAAGAAGAGGAAUAAGAGGAAAGAAAAAGGUACACAUCGAUCCCACGUACGUGUUAAAUGCGGAGUUCUUCGAGGGAGGCACCGCGGCCCCUCCGUCGGCGGAAAUUGUUAUAGUACUUCUUAUACUAUACGAGUGUUGAAUAGAGGAUUCGUUCGACGAUGAAAGUAAUUAACGAAAUCGCGCGGAGUAUAUUAUAUACGUAUACAUAGAGAGGAGAAAGAGAGAGCGAGCGUAUUGUGUUUGUGCGUGCCUGCAUGUAUGUGUGUAUGCAUGUAAGAAAAAGAGAGAGAGAGAGAGAGAGCGAAAAAGAUUAUGCGCUUUUCGAAUGAUUUGUGAUAGCGUGGUCGGUCGGAGCCGGAAAAGCUUGAACCGUUUUUCUCUUCAGCCGUCCGUAAAACUCGAAGCUCGCGGCGCGACCGCUAUUUCGACCCCCCGACGAAGAGGAGGAACGUUCGAAUCCCCAGAAGUAAGAAGAGCAAAAGGCCAUUGUCCGUAGUCGCGUGCGUUUUGAUCGAGUUCAAGCCUGGUUGUUCGAAACAAUAUAAAAUUCAGUCAAAUACGCACGUGUAUUCCGCAUUACGACAGACGCUAGAUUUGAUUCCAGAGCCGUUUCAGUGGCUGGACUCUUACUUUUACGGACUCUAAGGAGCGUUCGCGUGCUAUCAGCGCCGUUAGAACGGCAUUUGAGGUUUUUUACGAGGGUAAACAAACGUGGGUGUGUUAUCAAACGAUUUCCCGGCGCAUUUUAAUCAGCGACGCGAGCGGAACGCGCGUUCCUCCGACGCGAAAACAGUGAACUACUUUUCAGCACGCGUAUCUCUGCGAUAUUUACGCGAAUCUCUCUUAUGGUGGAUUCUCUCCUUUCAACGUUAUCACAGCAGCGGGAGGAAUCUCAGCUGCUGGGAGUCGUUCGACGAACUUGCACAGUUGCGAGCUGAAGAUCGAAAUAGCGCUCCCGCUCGCGGCCGCGCGGUGUGUGUAAAUCAAACAACGUCGGUGGAUUAUGAACGCAACGACACACAGUGCGCGAUCGGCAUAGGGCGAAGUUAGUCUCGCGCGUUUAUCGCGUUAUGUACGUGUGAACCGGCGCUUUCUUUCGUAGCCACUGUCGCGAAUUCCGUUUCGAAACGUGCCAUUAGAACUCCUCCCUGUGUCCGGACCAUCGACAUAGCGGUGAUGUUUCCGUUUUCAGCCACUCUGAUGAACGAAAUUUUCGAACGAAGCGAAGGAGAUAAUUCUGAGAAAAAGCACGGACGAGAGGAAGGAACCGGCGGGAUUUGAUUUUGAGAAUUUUCGCGGACGUUCAACGACACGUUUCCGCGAUGAUUGAGUUUCCUCCCGUUCCUUUACAACGCAUCUUCCGUCUUCUUUCCUUGAUCAAGGAUAAAACGGCGAAUCCCUUGUUCGACAUUAAGAUAGGUCGGAGAGCAUUUCCACAUUUAGCGCUCGGUUAUAUCGUUAACGUAUCGUUAACGGAUAAUGAUAGAAUCAUCGAGAGAGAAAAACGAGAUGGAAGGUGAUGUGUGAGAAUCCGAGAAGAUCGCGAUUAUCCGACUUGGAAGAUCGAGCGUCGAAUUUGGCGUAGACGUGCAUUUUUCUUUCGACUUCACCCCCCGAAGCCGCGUUCACCUUUAACAGAGUACCACGUACGCGUUCGUGUAAGAGACUACGCGCGAAUUUUAAUCCGGAUCUACAAUAAGUGAGUAGUAAGCCUCCUUUAGACUUUUGCUCUGAACACGAAAUUGUAACGUAAUUUCUAGCGAAAAGCGUUUCCAGCGCAACGAGACGUCACGAUAUCUACGAUUUGCGCGUUAUUACGACUUUCGGUGGUAAACGCCUCUUGUUAGAAAUUACGUUACAUUUUGUCGGUCAAAACAAAAGAUCGAAGACCUACUGCACCUACUCCCGAACAGCACAAAAUGUCCUAUGAAUAUUCUUACGAAAUACGGAUGUUCUCUUUUCAGAAUAUUCGAGUCGGAUAUUCUAUGCACAUAGAUAGAAUAUAUUGUAGACAGAGAUAUAUUUGCAUAUUUGUAAUAUAAAAAGAACGUUCUUACAUGCGCAUGUGCAAUGCGUCGAUCUAAUUGACAAAAAGUAGACAAUCUUGUACAUGCGUUACGACAUACACACUGAGGCUGCGUUUCGCUAUUCACUGUAACUACUGACGACGUGACGUCAUUAAGUAGAGCUGCAAGAUCGUUCUGUAAUUACUGCUGUUGUUUUUACCACGCGUACAGCGCUAUACAAUAAGAAAAAUAAAUGAGGGCUGAAGAGAAGAUCGGCAGCAGUUUUCGACGAGUCUCCCCUGCAAGUAAUAUUACGGAAGAUUCCUGUGCUGUCUGGGAAUUGUAGAGCCGGGCUUAACGUCGCGAUUAGCCGGAAGAACAUGCCUUCUUUCUCUCACUUUGGUUUCAUAGUUACCCGCCACUUGCGUAGUGACCAUUUAGCGUAAGUCGUUUGUUCAUUCGGAGGGAGUUACGUAGACGAGUUACCGGUAGCAAGAUUAGACGAUACCCAAGAGGGUGGAUGAAGCGAGGGAGUGGGCACGCGCGCGCGCGUGCUCUCCAUCUCUCUCUCUCCGAGUGAUCAAUCGUCGAUAUAACGAGUCUCCUCGUGCGCGCUCUCGUCGGCCUCUUGUCGUGACGGAAAUCCGAGAAGGCGGGAGACGAGAGACGACGACGACGAUCGCGGCCGAUGAUCGACGUGAAGAAUCCUCGCGAGAGCUUCGUCGCGCGGAGCCUUUGAGAAGACUGAGCGAGAAGAGCGACUGAGGACGUGGGAAUUUGUUUUGUGAUGCGCGCGUAGCAGGUGCCAUAUUAAACAGAGACGGGCUCGAUUUUUCCGAGCAGCUCGAUCCAUCGGGCAAAAUGCGCCCCAAUUCCGCGCCGCGAUAGAUGCACGCAACUUCCAGCGCGCUAAGCUCCGGAAAGCGUGAGUUUCCCCGCGCGAAAUUGCCGCGCGUUGACGGCGAAAUGAGGAUUGACGAGUGAUCGGCCGGUCGUUUCUUACCUCGCCUACUCGCGUUCGCUGGGACGUCGAAGUGACUGGAGGCGUUCCCGUCACUCACGGCUCAAAUGCGCCGCGACGAGCUCCUCGAGGAAAAAUCGCAGCCGUUCGAUAUGUCUUACGUACAUUUUUGCUGUACUCACCACUUGUGGUGUCGUGUAAUUCUCGCUUCUCCCCGACUGACGGACGCGUUCUCCGGGAACGCUUCACUUCAACGGCCCACCCCGCUCGCGAGAGAAAGUAUGAACACUGCGGAAGAACGGAAGAGAAAAUUGAAUCGGAGAAACAAUGAUCGAAAUUAGCGCUCGGUCUGCUCUCAUGUUGAUCUUAAUAUAUUCUGCGAGGAUUUUGGGCGUGCGUUUUCUCGCUUCUGACGUCAUUAAACAGGACGACUACGGACUAGAGAGCAGGAGUCUUAAAAUGUAUAUACUAAUUAAUUCUAUUAUGUGAGCGUAACGUGAUAUAUAUAUAUAUUCUUCGCGGCUAAAAGGUUGAAGACACGCGACGCCGAUCAAAAUGUUCGAGCGAACGACUCGUUGAACGCUUAUAUGGAGAUGAAAGAAACGUACACGCGUAUGCUUUAUUAACACAAUGUAAAUAAUAUCGUGCCCGUCUCUGAUACGCGAGUUCACCAACGGUGGGAGUGAUGUAAGCGGACUAGUCGUGGAGAGAGACGAAAUUGUUCCUUGUGACUCUUUUUUCUAUAUAACAUAUAUA